UCCCGGCGGCCCAAUGAGCGGCUGCGGCUUCUCCCGGCGCCAAUCCCGGGCAGCUCCCGCGCCGCCCCGCCCUUCCCGCCGCCCCGCCCGGCCGAGCUGCGCCGCCAGCCGCGGAGAGCCGCGCUGGGCGCUCCCGCCCGCCGCCCGCCCCGGCGAGCGCCUCCUGCGGAAAGUAGGUCGGUGAAAUCACGCAGAAAUGGAGAGCUGCCCCGCGCCGGCGAGCGGGAGGGUCACUGCCAGGGAAGCGAGGAGCCGCGCUGACAGUUCCCUGCUGCGGUCGCUGAGAGGGGCGGCAGUCGCGUCCGUGCCGCUCGGAAUCGCGCUGAUUUAGAGCAACGAGAGGAACCUCCACGCCCCAGAAAGGUGAAGUAAUAAAUACUCUGAAGGAAAGGAAGAGAGAUUGGAAAAAAAUUAGGCCUGACGGUACUCCACGGUAAAAAACAGACUGAAAGGGAUAUGGAAGUGGGCUGUGAGAUCUGCCAUGCCUCUCCUGAACGUGACAUUGGUCCCACAAAAACAACUGCACCGAGUCCACAGGAGCCAUAGAUUUUGCAAGCUUAGUGUGGCAAGUCGUUUGAGAGACCAACUAACUUUGUAUUGAUUUCUGAAGAAAGCUGAAGAAAAAGAAGAAGAAGGUAAGUGCAGAAAGAUGAAGAAACAUAGGGAUCUACAUGCAAAAAUAUGGAAAUGAAACACUACCUGCAACCUUUACAGAGUGCCUGGAAAGAACUGGAAUGUGGUAUUUGAAACUAUGUGACAUGCUCUCUGUCCUCCCAGGGGUGCACAACAGAGUACAUUUUAAUUUUUUCUUUUUUUGUGAUGGAUAUUGUAUAUACUGAUUUAGUCAGAAAUGCAAAUUGAAAUUAUGCCAUCCAUACAGAAUAACUCUGUCCUACCCCUUCAGGGAGACCCAGGACGUACAUGCUGUUGGAUGCCAUUUCCUAAGAUAUCUAAAGUAAUUCCAGCCCUUUGUUCUGAGUGGAGGGAAGUUGGAUGCUGAAAGUUUUCCUGGGACAAUAUGCUGCAGGCCCAGCUAUGCACCCAGACUGUGCAGCCUCUCUUACUCUUUUAGUUUCUGAGGAGUAUGGCCAAGACCUAAGCACAAAAUCAGUCAUUUUGGGCUACAGAUUAAUGCAUUUCUUGGGUUACAGACUCAGCACACACUGAGGAAGGGAUAAAUCAUUGAUGUUGAGUUGUAGUAAUUACAAGGUCAAACAGUGUCAGGGAAAAUAUGAAUAAAAUUUAGAAUUUACACUACUCAAAACAUAUAUAAAGGAAGAAAUUAAAACCAUGUUUAAUAAGCUUCUCCCAAAAUUUUCUUUAGGAACAGUCUCAGUACAGGGCUCAAUGUUUUUCUAGAACUUGCUGAUGCACUACAGAUUUUCUCUCAGUUUUAUUUUGUUUCAUUUUAGAAAAGUAUUAGAAAUUAAAGUAAUAAUCAGGAAACACCAACAAUUCCAGAGUAGAAAUUCAUAUGUAAAUGUUUAUGUUUGUCAACUAUGAAAUUAAAGCACAGUCUCAAACAGCCUAGGGCUGCAGGGAUCAGUCCUAGGCCUGGUAUAGUUUUAUUUAUGAUUUGAAUUAUAGUCUACAGAGCUUGCAUAUAGAUACUGUGAGUAUCAACUAGGAAAAAAAUAAUUAAAAUGUUUGAGGACAUUUUUUGUAUUGAAAAUUGCUGGAUAAGAGACACUACCUUCAAAGACAUGUUAGAUUCUUCACCUGGAAUAAACUAUCAGCUUUAUAAAUAUUAGGAAAUAUUGCAAAAGUGCUACAGUCAGCAGGAGCUGACAAGCACCUCAGUAGAUCUGGAUCUUCAGAUGGUAGUUCUGUGUUGAUAAUGAAUCAAACCAGUAUGUUGGCAGAAAAGGAUCACAGUGACUUCUUCCCUGAGACAGCUGGAGAAGAUCUUUGCAGACAGGAAUGGUCUAAUAGGAGAAAACUCCUAUUUGGAGUUUUAGGCCUUUUUUUAAUUCCAAAUUUCAGGUAAUGAGAAGUGAACAAUAAGUCAAUACACAGAAGGGAGAAAUAGCGAUUUUCAGAUGUCUAAAAAUUCUUCCCUGAUGAAAAGGCAAGUGUUAUUGAAGUACCCUGACUGAAAGAGAAUGCUGCAAAACUAAAGUUUCUCCUUAAACAUUUAAAACAUUAUGAGCAAGGAAGCCAUUUUUCCUUAAUAUACAUUGUUGAAAGUAAAGGAACCGAUGUUCUUUGCAGCAAGUUAGCAGUAAGGAAUUAACUUCUAAUAUGGAGUGGAAAAUGUUACAGGGAAUGUCAGCACUCUCCAAGAAGCAGAGUGAUUACAUCUCAGAAAUAAAAUGGGUUCUGUUGACUUGAUAGUGGAUGGAGUGCAACAAAAAUUGCUCAUGUCUAGGUAUAGGUCAUUAUCACUGAACUGUUGAUUAAAGAUUAUCUGUGUGGAAAAAGGAGGAAACUUGUAUGCAAUAUACUUGACAUUUCAAUAUAUUUUUGGAACCAUCUUCCAAGUGUUCUUGUUUGGGUUCAGAGCAACAACAGGCGGGAUCAGCAGGCUCUUAGAUAUUUGAAAAUUGUCUGUAGCACAGGGCCAAGGGGUUGUAGUCAAAAACUUAGUGUUUGCAGACAACCAGUUAUCAAAACAGUGCUCCAGGGCUGGUAUUAUUUAGUGUUUUCUGGAACAACCUGGGUGCUGAGGCAGAGUGUGCACUUAGCUAGUGUGGCAAGCACAAAGUGAAGAUGGCUAGACGGGGUCAAAAGAAAUACUUUCAGACAAAAGAGAUGUUAAUAAACUUGAGGCAUGGGCUGACAGAAAUCUUGUGCAGUUUGUUGAAGAGAAGUGCCAAGUUGUGCACAUGAAGGCACUUGCAUGCUACUGCCUCAGCAGAGCCCAGGGAUGGCUGGUCUGACCUGGGCAGGACCUGGACAUUGUGGGGAAUUCCAUAACUGCUCUAUCCUUAAGGAUGAGCUGCUUUGUCCAGAGCAUGACCACGAAUAAAUCCCUGUAAGUGCCUGGGGUUUUCAACUGGAAUUUUUCUGUUUUCCAACCAAGUAUUGCUGUAACAAAAACAGAGCACAGCAGCAGUGUCUGGAGUCACUAACCAAAGGCACAUUGCCAUUUUUCAGAGUUGGUUUCCUGCAGAAACGCAUAGCCCAAGACAAUAUUCAAUAAAUUCCUACAAGGGUGCUCACAUUAGAUUUGCACUUGGAAAACCAUGCCCCAGAGAGAGCAUUUGGACAAGGCAGCACUUCAGCUGCUUUUAAGUGCUUGCAGCCCUGUGAGGGUUGGCAGAGUUCAGCUGAAAAACGUGCGGCCCAGCCCAGCUCUGCAUGAGCCCAGGCAACAAGAGGGGCUCAGCUACUCAUUCUCAGCUGUGCAAAAAAUGUGGUGCUUACAAUUCUUCCUGGAAUCAUCUUUCUAGCUUAACCAAGGGACUGUGCAUCGUGAGACCUGUGCUGCUUCAGUCAAAACGCCAGUUUAGGAAGAAGAGAAAGGAUUGAGAGAAGCAAAGCUCCUGAGCAUCCGUGCGAGCUGGGGCUGCUGAGUAGCUGGUUUGCUGCUUACUGUGUCUGUGCCAGAAUGCAGGAGUAGAUUUGCCUGGGUGCUGCUGGGCUCAGAGCUCCAAGGCCGCCCUGGAGCACUUGUUAGAUAGAGCACUCUGGUGCUUUCCUCAGAGAAGCCAGGAAUGCUGUGGCCAUGGCCAGAAUUUGCUCAAUGUUGUUGUCCUUGCCCCCCCGUACAGGUUAUUGACCCUGUUCCUUCUCUCCUAUAUCUUGUGAAGAACUGGGUAUUUCAUUAAAUUCCCAACACCCCAAACCUCAUCUAGGAGUUCCUGCAGCCUUUUUUUCCUGGAGCUAUUAAGCUGUACCAGCUGUUCCAGCUGUUCACUGAGCCUGCAAGGCCUCAGCUCGUGCAUGGAGUGAUGGGGGUGAGGCCCGUGCAGAGACUCAGACAGCAUGCCCACAAGACAAUUUUUGGAAGAUUUUGCCUCUCUGUGGAUCAUCUGAUCUGUAAGCCACUCUGUGUGAAUGGCAAACUGCAUCUCAAAGGUCAGCCUAAGGUGCUGGGCCAUGACAGAGGUCUUUUCUUGAUUUAUCAAUCCCUGUGUAUUUUCUGAAUUUGGCAGCAAGAAGGAAGUUGGAAAGAGCCCAAACCAGGGCUAAAGCCCAAACUCUUAUCUCUGACCAGCUGCAGUGGUUAAAUAAAGAGAUGAGAAUGGGUCUCUCCACCUCUGACUGACUGAAUUAGCAGGGAAAGGCAGGGAAAAUACUAAAUUAGUUAUCAGUGUAGCAGUCACUAAACAAAAUUUGUGGCAUUUGCUACUUUUGCUUGGACAGCAUAAAGCAUUUCUGCACUUAUGCUGCUGCCAGAAGAUUCCAUCCAAAUGGUAAAUCCACACAUGCAAAUAUUGACUUUUGUGCCUCAGUCUCAAAAUCAGAGCUUUCUGUGCUUAAAAAAUUUCUUACCAAAGUGACGUGGGCUGCUCUAUUUUAGUAAGCACAGCUUUCUAGCACGGCUGAACUGAAGGUGUGCUGUGUGGGCACGGGGAUGCAGAGAACAAAGACCACUGGGGUAGAUUCAGUAGCUCAAGGACUGCCAGAGAGGUGAGAUCUUGUGCAGUUUACAGCCCUUUGUGGAGGCAGGUCCUGGCUGAUCCCAUCUCCAUGCUCUAGCAGUUGAGUACUCUCCAUCCAGGUUCUUUAAGAUAUUACAUGAGGAGGCUUUGAUGUUUAAUUUUAAAUUUUCGUAAUGAGCAUAUUUAGUGUUAGAUUGUAUUUUUAAUUAGCAGAAGGAUACAUUACUGAAAUUGCAGCCAAGCAUAACAAAGCAUUUCCAAAGAACAGUUGAAUCACAGUAGAAACGAAAUUCUCAUUACACGUCCAAAUAUGCCCAAUAUCAAUGCUGCCCCCUGCCCAGUCCCUGGGGGGAAUAGGUUGGUUGAAAUCAUCUCGAGUGUGUUGCUAUCUCCAAACUCUUCUAUUUGUUCUCCAGUUUUUACCAGUUGCUGAUCCAUGUGUACACGGCCCGUCCCCCCCAGCCCUCAUUUUCAUCUGCCUUGCUCAGGAAGAAGUCAGUUUUUGUUGAUCAUCUGAGGAAAUCUGAUGAUUCACUGGUGCAGCUCUCUUGUGUAAAACCAUGGUAACCCCUCCGUCUCCCUGAUGUCGAAAUAAGCACAGAUUUCUUCCCAGUGCCUCACUCCUCCAGCUCGUGGGGGUUCUGCCUUUCUCCUCUCUUGUGGUAACAGGCUGGUCCAGCAGAAGUGCCCAGGUUUGCAGUGCAAGGGAAGGAUUUAUUUAUUCCCUCCAGAUGGGAUCUGUGUUUCCAGCAUGGCAGAUGACAGGGGCAUGAAGGCAGUGCAAAGCAGGAUCUGCACAGCCUGGCUCCUUCAGAGGGCUUGGUGCCUUUCCAUUCCUCCUUGGAGAGUGACACAGAACAUUUCAAAGGGGGAAGGAGGCACCAGCUGGCAAUGGGUGGAAAAUAAGGAAUACAAAAAAAUUAUACAAUACUUACCCUAAAUACAAAACUAUUAGUUUGAAAGUACAAACAUAUUUCCAGAAUUUUAUUCAUAUAUAUUCUUAAAAUAUAAUGUCUGGCAAUAUUUUUCUUGACUAAUGUUGACCUAAAUUCAAAGUGACAUGCAAUGAAUUAUUUUUUUAAACUUUAACACUAUGAAAGAGUACAUAGAAAUUACAUUUUCCUUCAAUACAUAAAAGCACAAGAGAAGAACAACAUCAUUUUGAGAUCAGAUUUUCAGCUGAAUCAGCUCAGGAUGUUUUUACAUGAUGACAUUUGGAACAUCCUAAGACCACUCCUGACUUUCACAGAAGAUAAUUCAGAAUAUCAGUAUUGAUAUACAUACACACACACAUAAACACACACACACACACACACACACACACACAAAGAUUAAAUAGAAAAGCCUAAUCUCUAGUAAAAAGCAGAGUAAUUUCUUUAUUAAUCAAGGAGCAGAAAUUUCAGUCUAUAGUUAUAGUAAAAGUAAUUUUGCAAAAAAAUUAAAGUCCAAAAAAUCACCACACUGCAGUAACUCAAAAUGAGCAAAAUUAACAGAAGUCACAAACUAAUAUAACUUUAAUAAUACGAAAAAGUUUCUAUUUCACCUUCGGGUUAAUAUGUGAUUACAGACAAAACGUUGCUGAUGUAAAAUUGGAAUAGUUAAAAAUGGGAGGUAAAGAUCAAAAUAAAGAAACGAAUAAAAUUAAAUAUUGGAAAAUUGGAAAAAUUAUUUAAAGCUGUUAAGCGAUCACAGAUCAUUACAAAUCCUGAAGCAACAUUUAUAGCACUUUGAAUAAAAAUUAACCUGAAGUAUUAAUGAUCAACAGCAUGAAAAUAAUGAAAAUGUGAACUAAUUCACACCAACCCCUGCCAGUGCAAAUAGAUAUAAUACGUGCAUAUAUGCAAAUGGGUUAUACAAAUCUGGGGGGGAAGCUUUCCAACUGUAUGAACACGCGCAUGGCCGGAAAUCUUUUCCUGGAGGUUUGUUCAUUGCUGCACUUGCCAGACUUUACAGCCCCCCAAACAGCCAACAGCGAGCGGUGUUCCGUCAUCGGUGACGCAACAGGGAAAUGGCGGGAACCCCGCCCCGCCUCUGUGAAGUUUUCAACCAGGUCGGACGGAACCCCAUAAAAACCGCGGCGCGGGCGGCGCUGCAUCAGACCAGCGGUGUCGGCAGUCCUGGUGGCAGCGGCGGCGGCGGCAGCAGCAGAAGUUCCAUAAUGUCUGGCAGGGGCAAGGGCGGCAAGGGGCUCGGCAAGGGCGGCGCCAAGCGGCACCGCAAGGUGCUGCGCGACAACAUCCAGGGCAUCACCAAGCCGGCCAUCCGCCGCCUGGCUCGGCGCGGCGGCGUCAAGCGCAUCUCGGGGCUCAUCUACGAGGAGACGCGCGGCGUGCUCAAGGUCUUCCUGGAGAACGUCAUCCGCGACGCCGUCACCUACACGGAGCACGCCAAGAGGAAGACGGUCACGGCCAUGGACGUGGUCUACGCCCUCAAGCGCCAGGGCCGCACUCUCUACGGCUUCGGCGGCUAAAGCCUCGCCUGCCUGCAGCACCACCGCCACAAAAUCACAAAGGCUCUUUUAAGAGCCGCACA